AUGGCUUCCAAGAAUUUGCUUGUCGUCCUUGCCAUUGUGGCUGUUGCUCUUCCCUCCGUCGCCAUGGCAGCUGAAAUUUGGGUCGGAGGUGAUAAGGGUUGGACCAUCGAUUUUGAUUAUCAAACUUGGGCCAAGGAAAAAGUAUUCAAUGUUGGAGACACCCUAGUUUUCAACUACACCCAAGGGCACCAUAAUGUGAUCAAAGCGACUAAAAUUGCAUUCGAUAGUUGCAUCAAGCCACCGCAGAACUAA